CAGGGCGACGCCAGCGCACCGUACGGCAAAAAACAUUACGGUCGAGUGCGAGACAACGUCAAAAAAGGCAACCAGAAGAAGGUGGUGCUAUGGGAGUUCAUCCGCGGGCUUCUGCUGAACGGUAACACUACCAUCAUCAAGUGGGAGAACAAGCAGGAGGGAGUGUUUCGCAUCAUCAACUCGCAGAAGGUCGCACAGCUGUGGGGCAAACACAAGCAAAACCCAGCGAUGAACUACGACAAGCUGGCACGUGCCAUGAG